AUGAUUUUCCCGGCACUCAAAGCCCCGCCUCAAUUGCUCGAAGGAGGGGUUGGCGGAAGACACGUGCGCGGAUGGGGGAGCAGCGGAAGGAUUCCGGGGGGCGCAGAGGGCGGAUCGAAAGGCGGGUGGGGCGUGGGUUCGGCGGCGGCGGGAGCGACGAUGGCGGCGGAGUGCUUGGAGGUGGGCCGGCGACUGCAGCAGGCCAUGUGGGACAUCGAACAGCGCUACGGCGUGGACGUGGUGCAGAGGAGCGUCGCCUUCGACCCGCCGCUGCACCGCUUCCUGGUGCUGCUGGCGAAGCUGCUGGCGGGCCGGCCGCUCACGGUGCUGGCGGUGGGCGGCUCCAUCUCCGCUGCGGGCCACCUGCCGGGGGGGGUCAUGCACGGCACCGGCACCUACGGCCAGGCCCUUGUUGAUUGGCUGCAGCAGGUGUUCCCCACACCGCCCUCAACCCCUCAGCACCGUCUCAUCCGGGCCUUCCUACCCGGAGCCGGCUCCUACGUGCUGCACUUCUGCACGGGGGAGCUGCUGGAGGCGCUGUGGGCGGACGGGGAGGAGCAGCGGCGCGCAGCGGGCGAGGCAGACAUAGUGCUUCUGGAGUGCGCCGCUAAUGAUUGGUCCGUGCUGCAGCCCGGCAUGGUGCCGCCUCCAG